AAAGAGGGGGUUGGCUUUAGUGUGAUGUGAAUGGAAUAGAAUCAGCGCGAGAGGGAGAAACAGGGAGGAGGACGGCGCAAAUCAACCUGCCUCUUGACUUUAACAACAGAAUAGAGGAGCCGGCAGACACCGGGGGGGGGCGGGCGAUCGAGGAAGUGUGCGCACGCCUUGGGUUUUAUUUUUAUUAGCAGGGAGAGGAAGAGAACAUCAGAAAAGGAGGAACUGAAGGAGGAGGAGGAGAACGAGCCUCACCGUGGAGAUAGAUAGCAGAAAAAUGCUGUCAUGGGGAGACGAGGGGAGGGAGUCGGCGGAGAGGAACAGGAUGAAACAAGGCAGGGUCCAGCACAACUGAAAUGUGGAGGUGGACAGCGGAUGAGAGCGAACGGCAGGCUGCAGGCGCCGGAGAUCGGAUGGACGCCGCGCUGACGCAGACAGAGCCUCCCCCGCACAGAGGACCGAGGCUCCAGUGAUGGUCGUCUCAUCUUCGCCCCACAGGAAGGAGCACCCCGAAACUGGAUUACUUCCCCAACGCCGCGCACCCGCACACCUGGAUGGACCGCCACAGCGAGCAGUGUCCGCAUUCUGUCCCCCGUCUUCACCGUUCACGCCCCGGGACUCUUUGACGAAGCGCGGCGUCUCUCGGAGGGAUCCACGGGAGCCGGAGGGCUGAGAGGGUUCAGCCGAUUUAAGUGGUGUGAAUGAGGACUGCAUUCGUUGAUUUCGCUCAGUGGGAUUUUCCAUCUUGGUGCACGCCGUUUCCAUUUCUCACCAGCACCUCGGAGACCGCCGCUCAGAUCUGACGGGGGACGGCGCGACGCGCUGGACCAGGGAGAAGGAAUCAUCGCUCUGAGCAGAAUCUCAGGCGCCAUGCAGUCGGACGACCUCUUCAUCCGCAAGUUCCGCCGCCAGAAUGUGCGACCGCCCAUCGCCACCGUCAACUACGAGCCCAAGCCGGAGGCGGGCGUGGUGGAGUGGCCCCCCAGGAGGGACGGCGACGGGGCCGACGCGGACAGCCUCACCCCGAGCCGAGUGGGGCUCAACCUGCGGUCGGUGGGCCGGGGCCACAUCAUGCAGAGGAGCAACAGCGACGUGACCUUAGGAGACCUGGACUCCUCCGGGAAGGCCGGGGGGAAGGCAGCGCGGGUGGCGGGGGAGAAGGCGGGCCCGGGGGCUCAAGGGGACUCGGGCGUGUUGCUACACAGGGAAUAUGGGAGUCUGUCGUCACUGGAGAGGCAGACUCAAAUCCAGGAGGCCAGCAGGGACGAGCAAGGCCCUCUGAGCCCCAACGCCCUCCGCUUCAAGGACCCGUUCCUCCUGCUGGGCCUGCAGGGCACGCCUCCCGAGCCUGACGGAUUCUUCCGGGGUCUGUCCAUUUCCUCCAGCGACUCGCCGAAACCCGUCAAGCCACCGAAGCCCGAAGGUCUGGGUAAAAAGUCCAAACCCGGUCCUCCCCAAAUCCCUCAGCCGGGUCCGUAUGACAACCUCGGGGGCGGAGCUUGGGUGAGGAACUUUGCCCACUAUGACGUUCAGAGCAUCCUGUUCGACCUGACCGAGGCGGCCACGAACAGAGACAGCAUCGGACGGAAAAAGAACAUCACCUCGGGGGCUUCGGCCGCCUCCCAGCUGCGCCCCCUCUGCCAGUCCACCCCGUCCUCGCCGGCGCAGGGCGGAGGAGGCAACGGGGGGAACCCGGACGACCCCGAGCAGUCGCUGCUGCUGGACGAAGGCGACGGCAACGACAACGAGCUCCUCCUCAGCUGCCCCCACUUCCGCAACGAGACGGGGGGAGAGGAGCAGGUGGGUCUGGGCCGAUCGCAGGGCAGGAGGGGGCUCUGGUCGAGCCUGAGAACCCCCAACGACGCCGUCUCGGUCCUGGAGGAGCCCAGAGAGAGCAACGUCCAGCAGCAGGGCAAGAGCAACUACUUCAUCGAGCACGCCGACCUGGGAGCUCAUUACUAUCGCAAAUAUUUCUACAUGAAAGAACACCAGAACUUCUUCGGGAUGGACGAUCGUCUCGGUCCCGUGGCCAUCAGCUUCCGUCGGGAUGAGAAAGAAGGAUCAAGCGGAGCUCAGUAUAACUACCGAGUCAUCUUUCGCACCACCGAGAUGAAAACGCUGCGAGGAUCCAUCCUGGAGGAGUCGGUGCCCUCCGCGGCUCGUCACACCACCCCGAGGGGCUUGUCUCCCAAGAGGCUGCUGGAGUUCAUCAUGCCUGAGCUGAACCUGCACUGCCUCCGCUUGGCCUCAAACUCACCUAAAGUGCGGGACACCCUCCUCAAACUGGAUGAACAGGGACUGAAUUUUCAGCGAAAGGUGGGAGUGAUGUACUGCCGGGCCGGGCAGAGCUCCGAGGAGGACAUGUACAACAACGAGAGCUCCGGACCGGCCUUCGAGGAGUUCCUGGACCUGCUCGGGGAGCGGGUGCGGCUGAAGGGCUGGGAGAAAUACCGGGCUCAGCUGGACAACAAGACGGACUCGACCGGAACGCACUCCCUCUACACUCGCUACCAGGACUAUGAGAUUAUGUUCCACGUGUCUACCAUGCUGCCAUACACAGCCAACAACACACAACAGUUGCUGCGGAAGCGGCACAUCGGCAACGACAUCGUGACCAUCGUGUUCCAGGAGCCCGGCGCUCUGCCUUUCACCCCCAAGUCCAUCCGCUCCCAUUUCCAGCACGUCUUUAUCAUCGUUCAGGUCCAUGAGCCCUGCACCGACAACACCUACUACAGGGUGGCUGUGACUCGCUCUAAGGACAUGCCGUUAUUUGGCCCUCUGUUCCCUAAGGGGGCUCGGUUCCCUCGCUCGCCCGCCUUCAGAGACUUCCUCCUGGCGAAGGCCGUAAACGCCGAAAACGCGGCGGAGAAGUCCGAGAAGUUCCGCUCCAUGGCCACCCGGACGCGGCAGGAAUACCUGAAGGACCUGGCGGAGAACUACGUGACCACCACGCCUAUAGACUCCUCCACCAAGUUCCCCCUGCUCUCGCUGGGCGGCAAGCGCAAAGACAAGCUGAAAGGCGCCAAGGGAGCCGAGCUGCACAGCGCCGGGGCGCUGGUGUGGGCGGUGAUGGUCAGCGAGUGGGAGGCCGGAGAGCACCGGCUGCCCUGCCUGCUGGGGGUGUCGGCCGAGUCGGUGGUGCUGAUCGAGAGGCUGACGCGCCGGGUGGUGUUUAACUGCUCCUGCCGCGACGUCAUCGGCUGGAAGGCGGUGACGGAGGCCAAGGACGGCGGGCCCUGCUUGGAUAUUUACUACGAGCGAGGGGAGUCGGUGUCGAUCACUGUGAUGGAGAACCAGGCGGAGGACAUACGGGAGAUAGUGCAGCGGCUGGAGCUGAUCACGCGGGGCUGCGAGGCGCUGGAGGUCACCCCGCUGCGGGACGGCGUCGGGCAGCCGGGCUUCCUGAUGAACGAGGAGGGCUUCGUGACGGAGCUGCAGCGGUUCUGCUACGCCGAGAGCGGCGGCCUGCAGCUGUGGGCCCGGGUGGUGCGCCUGUGCGGACACUCGCUGGUUCACCUGAGCCCCGAGGAGAGGACCAGGCUGCUGCGCACGGCGCACAAGAUCCACAUCACCGUCAUCCCGCCGGACGAGAACGGGAAGCCUCGCAGAAGUUUCUCGGAGCUCUACCAGAAAGCCAUCAAGGACGCGGAAUGCAAGCCCGGCGAGGACCAGUCGGGGGAGGCGUGGGUGCUGGACGAGAGGGAAGAGGAGGAGGAGGAGGAGGAGGAGGAGCAGGAGGCGAAGGAGGACAAGCUGAAGGCGGCCGGGGUCGGCGAGGCGGAGGAGCGGGAGGCGCAGGUGGAGGCGGAGGACGGCGAGGAGCGGCCGUGUGACAAAGGGCCGGGCGAGCGGGGUCACGGCUCGCUCCUCGCGCCGCCCAGCUUACCUCUGCUCCGGGCCACUUCGCUGCAGGAUCAGCCGGCCAAUCAGAGCCAGGAGGGCAGCGCCUCGCAGCUCACACGCAGCUACUCUCUGGAGAGACAGCCGUCCUACAAGGACUCCUGUGACAGGCACGUAUACGACAACGUGGGCCUGAAGGCGGAGCACCACAUCUACGAGAACGCCGGGGAGCUGAGGGACGCCACGCCCGAUCUGAUCCUGGCCGUCAAGCCCAAGGCGGCCCUGGAGGACGAGCAGUUCCUGGCGGCCGAGUUCGACGACGACAGGGCUUCGGCCAGCGACUCGUCCCGGCUGUCCUGCAUAGACCGGGCGGAGAGAAACUCACGGGCCCUGAGUCUCCAUAACUCAAUCACCAAGAUUCUGUCGGAGACCACAGAUACGACCGAGGAGGAGUGGCAGUCCAUCGCCGACCUGGCCACGGCCUGCCGCAGCAUCCUGGAGGCUCUGUCCCGAGAAGACCGAAAAGCCAGCGACCCCAGCCAGGCGGGAGGCGACCAGACCGACGGCAAGCUGAGAGACUCGAAGGACAGGCCACCUCGAAGAGAAGGUGUCGCAGCUGGAGGCCAUGCUGAAGAAGCUGCAGGAUGACCUGCAAAAGGUGUUUUGACUUCCAUGAAUGUUUUUUUUAAUUCUGUGGUAAUGUUCUCAAUACGCUGGGAAAGUCAGCAGGUAGGAGGAAAUUACAUCAGCCGCUCAGCUUCUGUCGCUGGAGUGCAGCGCUUUCUUUUUUUGAAGCAGCCUUUUGUUUUGUCAUCCAUGCCAGUCACUGCUGACUCACUGUAGAAAUGUAAUAAAUUAAAAAAAAAAAAAAACACUCUAAUAGGCAUUUAUUUAUUUAUGUAUUUAUUUAUAACUUUGUGUACAGACAUUUUCAGAUAUUUCAAAUACUCCUAGAUUUUUUUACAUGAAUCUGUGUUACCUGUGCUUGUUUGUGCACAUUUCUGCUGAACGCAAGUCUGUGUUGCUCUUGUUUAUUCCACAUGUUGCUGCACUGGAAAGCUGUAUGUGAAAAAGCUCAGAGACCACUUCACGAAUGAAACUCCCACCGCCUCUUCGGAGCUUUCAUGGCCGCUCUCGGCAGAUAGAGUUUCUCCUUCAAUUACAGACAAGCAGGCCUUGUGUUAAUAUAAUCUUGUUUUUUUUAUUUAUUUUUUUUUUGUCAACUCUGUAUUUGUCUCUCUGUGUACAAAGCAUGGUAUUUCUCCAAAUUCUGUGACCUGUGUUCCAAAGUCAUUUAUUAGGAUUGCAACUAUAACUAUUUUCAUUAUUGAUUAUUCCAAUGACUAUUUUUCUAAUUGGACAAUCCUCUUUCAAGUGAAAACAUU